CAUGCCCAACGCAGCCCAAACCAAGCCCAAGCCCAUCACUAAACCCAAGAAAUCCUCUGCUCAGCCUGUUCCUUCUACUCAUGCUAUUGUAGCAAAGCCCAAACCGGUCCAGAAGCGAUAUCGUAACAGUAGCUCCGAUGUCGAAUCUGAAGAAGAGCACCCUGCAUCGAAGAAAGCCAAGCCGUUGACGAAGAUGAAGCAGACUACAAAGGCCUCGCAGUCCAGCAAAACCGAGGAAUCCAAGAAGGCCAAGAAAAUUGGUAUCCGGAAGCUUCCUUCACCGCCUGUGACCUCUGAUAGGGAUGACCUCGAGGAUGCGAAUGACGACUACGAGGACGAAGAGGACACUUCUGCGGUCAAAUCAGAUAGCAGCGACGACAACGAUGGUAGGGUUGGUGGUGACACAGUGAAGAUCAAGAGCAGUGACAAUGAUGACUCGGACGAGCCAGUUCAACCCAAGGCCAAGGCUUCUCGUACUAAGCAAAAACGAUACAAGGUCCUACAGCAAAUUACAUCAGAAGAUGGGAAGGCACCAGAAAAACGCAAGGAGAACCUGGAAGAGUGCAUAAAAAUUCUGUCUGAUGCUCAUAAGUGGGGGAAACUCAUGCCUCGUGCUAUCAAUCUAUGGGUCGACCCAGAAGAUGUCCUCCUUGAAGGCAUUGAGCAUUCUCUAGGUUCUGACAGCUCUUCAGAUAAAGGACCAAAUAUUCAUGCCUACGAGAUUCUAACAUCACUGUGGUCAAUCGACCUAUCAUCAGAUCUCGAGUACUUCGUGGACGCUGAUGAUGGUAUUUCGAAGAUCUGCACUGCGGUUCACAAGGGUUUCAAGGCUGGACAUCAAGAAGACACGCACAAGAUUCGCGAGGCUAUACUCAAGAUCAUUGUGAAGGAUCCUCGCAAGGAAACACUCUCAAUACCGGUCCCUGUCAUCAAACCAGCGCAAGGCUUCAAUUACUUUGAAACAGCUCGACUUUUAUGCCCUCAAAACUAUCUGGAAACAUUUGAUAGCGACGAUAAAUGGCGUCAGCAGCUACGUGAAGGGAAGAUCCGGAUCACUCAUUGGGAGCUGCCAUCUUUUUUGUUUGACCAGUCGAAGGCUUCGCUCGAUGAUGAUCUUGCCGGAUGCAUGGAGGGCUAUGUCCUCGUCAGAACCGUCAAGCACCUUCUUUUGAGCGAUGGUAUUCCAGGCAAAACCAAGGGCCCAACUCGCCCACCAAUCGCAAAAAUUUACAAGAUCAAGACCAUCACUGGCCGUAUAAUUGCAUACGGCGCAUGUCAGGCUCGCUACGCUCUUUCCUCCGUCGAUGGAUGGACGCGCUGGGAUGGGAAGUUCAAUCUUGCAAAGCUGUAUGACACGAUAGUUGAUAUGUACGAGGACUUCCCUGAAGAUCCAUGGGCCGUUCAGUCCCUUGCCUGGUGGAACAAGGAAAUUUUCGGGAAUUCAGCCGGUGAUGACGACGAGGAUGAAGAUGACAUGGUACCACCACCAGAAAGCACCGUUGCCAGGAUGGCCGAAGCUCGCCGACAACGUCAAGAAAUUCACAAGGCUGCUCGUGUCGCUGCAGAUGUUGGUGAUCUCCUUCGAAAUGGUGGAUUUCCAUUCACGAAGCCUGAGAGCACGUAG